GACUACAUUUUCUAAGCACUUCCAUUGGUUUACUUUUCGUUAGACGUUACUAUUUUCGCUAAAAUUCAAGGAAAAAAGAAAAAACAAUUCGAAGAAAACCAAAUAAAACCACAGAGAAAGAUCAUAAAGUCAUUAUUUUAGCGCGUUCGGGUGUGAACUAAAGAAAAGUGCUGCUUGGCAAGACCACGAAUCGCUAAAAAGGCCAAAAAUCAAUAGGCGUGUAAAAUUUGUAAACACGGCAAGCCCUCGAACCAGCCUCUCUCGCUUCGCCUCUCUUUCACGGCCACCCCUUGGCACUCCCCCAGUGAACUGUGACCGCCAGCUGCCCCAACGGGGAACACCAGGCGUGACCGUCAAACCGCAAAAAAAAUAUAAUCAUUAAUGAUCGAAAUGAUAACCAAUUUCGCGCUAAUUCCGCUGCUAAUGAUUGUGGGAGCAGCAGCCACCGCAGAGCAGGUGGAGUACCUCAAUCCGCAAUCUUCUCCAGGGGAUCACCGACUGGCCAAGCGGAUGGAUCUGGAGGUCUGCAUAGGCCACUUUGAUGUUCACAAAAACACCAUUAUACGGACUGGAGAAUCCCAGGCGAUUGGUGGCAAGUACCUCCAGGGACUCGAGCUGGACACCAUUGAGGAGUGCGAGCGGCUCUGCUGUGAGACGGAUGCCUGCGAUGUGUACAUUUUCGAGCGAAAGGCAGGUGGCUAUUGUUACCUGUUCGAGUGUGGACCGCCGGAGAACUUCCACUGCAAGUUCACACGACACGCCAACUACACGAGUGCCGUUCUGACCCCCCAGGUGCGGCAGCCCGCCGAACUGGCCAGUACUCCGCGUCCCCAGCUGCCCCACAUACCCAGCAACAAUGUCUCGCAGCAAGAGUGGGAGCUGAGUAACCUCAAAUUGAAGCCGGAAGCGCGGGACAAGCCCACUGCGGCCACUGCGGUGGCCCCCACAUCCGUGUCGGGAGCUGUAGCGGGAACGGGCUCUGUUUCUGGUGCGGCGCAAUCGGCAGUCAACGUGGCUCAAAGUGCUCCCAUUGCACACUGUGGGCGUUUCCAGUUCACCUGCCAUUCCGGAGAAUGCAUUGCGGUCUACAAUGCCUGCGACGGUAUACCGCAGUGCGAAGAUGGCAGCGACGAGGGACCGGAAUGCAAUACCAUAUCAUCGGCAGCCACAAAGUCGAGUGGAAGCAACAGCAACAUGGAGCCCGUUAAGCCAUUGGUGCAGCAAUACCUGCCCGUGCAGAACGUGCAACAACAGUUGCAAGUUGCCGCUCAACAGCAGCAGCAGCAUCAGCCACAACAACAGCAGCAACAGCCACAGCAACAGCCACAGCAUGUAAUUGUGCUGGGUCCACCUCCACCACCACCACCACCGCCACCCAUGGUCAACAAUCGUGAAGAUGCCGCCGCAUGGGCCAACCGCAAGAUGAUUGCUGAGGUGCAGCAGCAACAGCCGCAGCAGCAGUUGCAGAUGCAACAGCAGCAACAGUCGCCUCAGCAACAGGCAGAGACUAUUAAUGGAGAUGACCGGAGUCACAUAUUUAGUCACAAAGGCGGCCUCCAAUUGCAGCAGUCGGCGAACGGCAACCAGGGGCAGCUCCCGGUGCCGGGGCAGGGACUGGCACAGCCGGCGGUUCAGGUUCAGGGGCAAUCAGCACCACUCCAAUUGCCCAGCUACACCAGCAAUCAACUCUAUGGGAUGUCGCUGCCUCGCUCUGGAUUGUACAUGCCCACGCAACAGCAGCAGCAGUCGUUGCAGCAACAACCACAGACAUCAUCUGUCCAGCAAUUGCAGCCUGGUGCCGUGUGGCCCCAAACGGCGGCUGGGGUGCCGCAGCAGCAACUGCUUCCAGUGCAGCAGCAACAGCAAGCCAUCACACCUCAGCAACAGGGUCGUAUAUAUGCCACAGCACCCGCUGUUCAAUCUCCUCCAGCUCAGCAGCAAGCCAUGUUGCCCGUCUUGAAUGCGGCACCUGCCCCGGGAAAGAGCCAGAGUCAAGGUGGGGAUGAGGAGUACGAUGACUACGACGAUGACGCCUCCACAGAGGCACCAAAGAAGAAACAACGAAAGCACAAAAAGGUCAAGGCAAAGGCUGGAAAGGAUCCCAUUGAACUGGCCCUCGAACAGAAUAAGCAGGAGGCGUCCCUGCCAGUUCUGCCCGUUCCCGUGUCGCCGGUGCACGAACAGUACAAGAUGAUCCAUGAGAAUCUGGCGAUAGAGUUUAGAGACCACGAUGGCCACUCGGAACGACCCGGCGGGGCUGUCCUGUCGCUGACCAUGGGCCUGCUGGUCACCGCAGCGCUCGCCAUUCUUAUUGGCUGCCGGAUGAGGACGGUCAGCCGGAGGGCACGUCGCCUAGGCGGCAAGACGCCUUAUUCUCAGGAGGCGGACUUUCUGGUCAACGGCAUGUACCUCUAAGGGAGAAGUCGGUGGUGGGAAGGGACUAGGGGGUUCGCCAAUAUUCAUUCUAUUGUCCCAUGUUUCGGGAUCGUAUAUAUAUUUAUGAAUAAUAGUGUAAUGAGAAACAUAUUUUGUAUAAACAAAGAUAUAUAUCGAAUAAAAUUUAACUUAAAUUA